UCCAAAAUAAAGUAUUCAAAAAGAAAUGUUAAAUAAAGAUUGUCCUCAAAAUGCUCUCAGACAGAUAUCCAAGAAGUUGGAUAUUUUUGUAGUAGCAAAAGGUCAGAUUCUUUUAAGGUGGCACGUGGUGUACACUAGCUAUUUUAUAGCAUCAAAAAAUAGUUAUAAUACAGUUGCAAAGAUCUGCUACUACUUGAUCCAGAUCUCUCCUUUUCUCCCUCUCUCUCUCUCUCUCUCUCUCUCUCACCUUCAAACAAAUCAGCUACACACAUCCAGGUGUUUUACAUAGGAUGGCCUUGGUCACCACUGCUGAAGUUUGCGAUGCAAAUCCACAGCUCAUUGUGAGUGGUGAACUACGUGCACUGCAGCCAAUCUACAAAAUAUAUGGCAGGCGCCAAGUCUUCUCUGGACCUGUUGUCACUCUGAAAGUAUUUGAAGACAAUGUUUUGGUUCGUGAGUUUCUCGAGGAGAAAGGUAACGGGAGAGUUCUUGUUGUCGACGGGGGUGGUAGUCUGAGAUGUGCAAUUUUGGGUGGUAACCCUGUGGUACAAGCUCAAAACAAUGGAUGGGCUGGGAUUGUAGUAAAUGGUUGUGUAAGAGACGUGGACGAAAUCAAUGGUUGCGAUAUCGGAGUCAGAGCUCUGGCUUCUCAUCCGAUGAAAGCCAAUAAGAAAGGUAUUGGAGAGAAGCACGUUCCAAUAACCAUCGCUGGGACUAGAAUCUGCGAUGGUGAGUGGCUUUACGCAGAUACCGAUGGCAUUCUCAUUUCAAAAAUGGAGCUAUCUGUUUGAGAAAAAUAUCCCCAUGCCUAAGUAAGUGCAUAUCAGUUGUGAACUACUUUUUUCAUGGAGCUUAUGGUCUAUAACUAGUGCUUUACAUGUAUGGGAAUCGCGAGCUCCGUUAAUCUAUUGUAUGUUGUUUUACUUAAUUUUACUCUAUUUUGCCUUAAACAUGGUUUCUUCAGAAAUGCAAGAGGUAAAGUUGCGUAUAA